AUGGCUGGUUUCGAAGGUGGAAGUGUUAACGAGGCGCCGCGGUUAAAAAAGCCAUUAGGUGAGGGAAUUCGCAAUCAUACUAGUACUUCUCAAGUUAUACCUGGGAUAUUUGCUGAGGCAAAUGAGCUUGGCGGUGAUGAAGCGUAUUCAGACCAGGAAGAACAGGUAGCUGCUCUUUAUAACGAUAAGCGAAUGCAAGGGGGUCAACAUGAACGUUCUCCAAUGAACGUUGAUGAGGCGGGCUAUAAAAACCUUAUAUUUCAGGGCGUGCCGAACUCUACGAUUACGUCGCUUACUGAUGCUAGAAACCAGAGCAUGAGCCAUCUGCAUCGCGGGCAGCAGAAUGGUGACAUUCCGAUGGACCUUGUUUCUACCCCUAAUUGGCUGGCUAAAAUGAAUCCCCAGGAUUCCUUUACGGGAUGGAAAAAGGAGGUAGGCCAUGCUUUUAAGAAGUUCUCGAAGUUGACCUCAAGGAAAAAUCAAUUCCGGCAGAAUAAUUCAGAAGUAGGUACUAAAGGUGGCGAUAAUGAAUCUGCAGACGACGACAUGAUUGUAACCGAGGAAGAAAAAAUAAUCCAGAACAUGGCUUCUGACUUAAUUGAUACGCUUCUUGGAGGUUGUCCUGCUGCUCUUUUUGCUGGCAGUGGCUUUUUGCAGGAUGAGCACGGUGUUAGAAGAGCGCCAUUACUACUGGCUAUGUUAAGUGUCAGGGUUUCGCCAGUUACUAACAGUGAUACUUUGCUUUCAUUGCAAAGAAUAGAUUCGACUACAUCUAUGACCUCAAAUAGUAGCGGCAAUAGUAAUACUGAUAGACGAAAUGAUGCAGGAAUGUCUAUUGUCGACCAAGGUUACCAUACCAAAUAUAAAUUGGAAUUAGAGUACGGUGUAGGGGAAAAUAGAUUCAAAUGGGUUGUAGUACGGUCAUACAAAGAGCUUUCUUCUUUACACAAUAAGUUAAAGUUGGUUUCUUUUCAACAGAAUACUAUCAAUAAGCUAUACAUUGACCAUAAUAGGUAUCAAAGGAUACACCUACCUCAUUUUCCUAGGUUUGAUGAUUACAUGAAGAAGUCAAAAAGACCUAAUACCCCAUCGCCACAGAGUAACCCUGUGACAGCCGCGUCUACAGUUAUAACUCCGAGGUCAUCUAUAACUUUUCAAGAGAAAAGGUUCCACAUGAAACAUAUACAAGAUCUCAUACAUGAAGCUGACGAUGUCAACAAACCUAUGGAUAAACGGAUAGAAAAAUACCUAAGACUACUAAAUUUGGCAUUGUCGUUGAGACCGCAGGCCAACCGUCUUUUCCAGUUUUAUGAACUUUCGCCAAUUGGCAAUUUAUUAAGCUAUGAAAAUGGGUUUCACGGUAAACAAGGAUAUUUGAUAAUCAGAUCUUCGGCGAAGGCCCAAGGUUGGCGUGUUUCACAUUUUAGGUUCAAUGACUGGAAGGCCAUGAUAGAGAGACAUACUAACAAGUGGUUCUUGAUUAGACAUUCUUAUAUUCUUUAUGUUGGCGAUAUGUGCUCUACCACUCCUCUCGAUGUUUUCCUUGUUGACUCGAAGUUUAAGAUUAGUUGUUCAGGUAACUUCCAAGAUGAGCAUACGCUGUAUGAUGAAGACCUUCUUGAUGAUAAACAGAAGAAAAUAUCCGCAAAGCUACUGAUUACGCUGGAGAAUAGUGAGCGUAAGUUGCAAAUGAUAGCCAAAUCCGAGUACCUAUUGAAAAUGUGGGUCUCAUCAUUGAUUCAGAUGCAGAAAAAUACAAUUUGGUCACGACCACAGCGGUUUGGUAGCUUUGCUCCUGUAAGGAAGAAUUGCUUCUGUCACUUUUUGGUUGACGGUCGGGAUUAUUUUUGGGCUUUGAGUGAGGCUCUUACUAUGGCAAAGGACGUAAUAUUCAUCCAUGAUUGGUGGCUAUCACCCGAGUUAUACAUGCGAAGACCUGUUGCAAGUAACCAGGAAUAUAGAAUUGAUCGUAUCCUUAAAGGACGAGCUGAAAAAGGUGUAAAGAUUUUUAUUGUGGUAUACCGUAAUGUCGGUUCUACAGUUGGAACAGAUUCACUUUGGACAAAACAUUCUAUGUUAAGUCUACAUCCCAAUAUAAAUUUGAUAAGAUCUCCUAACCAAUGGUUACAAAAUACGUACUUUUGGGCUCAUCACGAGAAAAUGUGUGUCAUUGACCAUACUAUUGCAUUUAUGGGGGGUAUAGAUCUUUGCUAUGGUAGAUAUGACACCCCGGAGCAUGUUCUUAGAGAUGAUGCCGAAGAUCUUCAACGACAAAUCUUCCCAGGUAAAGAUUAUUCAAAUGCUCGUAUCUGCGAUUUCUAUGACCUAGAUAAACCAUUCGAGUCUAUGUAUGAUCGUACUGCAGUGCCUAGAAUGCCUUGGCACGAUGUCCACAUGAUGACAGUAGGAGAGGCAGCUCGUGACAUGUCUAGGCACUUCGUUCAAAGGUGGAAUUAUCUCCUUAGACAAAAGCGACCAAGUAGACCAACUCCCUUGUUAACACCACCAAGUGACUUUACGGAAGAGGAGCUAAAUAAUUCCGAAUUCUUUAGAAACUUGAAGUCAAGAUCAACGUGCGAAGUUCAGAUACUGCGUAGUGCAGGUGACUGGUCGCUUGGUUUGAAAGAGACAGAGAAGUCAAUUCAAGCUGCUUACUUGAAAGUAAUUGAGACUUCUAAACACUUCAUUUACUUGGAGAAUCAGUUCUUUGUCACUGCUUCAAGUUGGGACAGUGUGGUAAUUGAAAAUAAAAUAGGAGAUGCAAUUGUAGACCGUAUUAUAAAGGCUAAUAGCGAAGGUAAACCAUGGAAGGCGUUCAUUGUAAUACCUCUGAUGCCUGGUUUCAACUCAGAAGUGGAUCAGCCCGAAGGUUCGAGUAUUCGUGUUAUUAUGCAAUGUCAAUAUCAGUCUAUUGCUCGUGGUGAAUCAUCUAUCUAUGCAAAGUUAAAGAGAUUGAAUAUUGACCCAAUGCAAUAUAUACAAUUCUAUUCUUUAAGGAAAUGGUCAACAUUAGGUCCGUAUGAUAAGUUGGUAACUGAACAGUUAUACGUUCAUGCUAAGGUCAUGAUAGUUGAUGACCGAAGUUGUAUUAUUGGUAGUGCAAAUGUUAAUGAACGUUCAAUGUUGGGUAACAGAGAUAGUGAAGUUGCUGCCUUGAUUAGGGACACUCAUUUGGUUAAAACCAAAAUGAAUGAUGAAGAUUAUCUAGCUGGCAGAUUCCCAUGGGAACUACGUCAGAGGUUAAUGAGAGAACACUUAGGUUGCGACGUUGAUCUAGUGGAAAUUGUAGAAAGGAAAUUCAGCAGACUAGAACACGUUGCGGCCUGUAAUGUUGACACAUUAAAUUUGAUUCCUGAGGAUAAACUCCAGGAAGUUGGAGAAGAAGCAAAAAUCCAAAGUGCAAUGCUAGAGAUUGGAUUCCGUGAAGUUAUGAAUGAGGAUUGCAGUGAAGUUUGGUCGGAGAAGUAUGGAUCAAGUGGAUUUAAGAAUUUUGGUAUCGAAUUGGAGCAGAAGACGUUUGAAGACGAUGAGGGUGCUGUUCCUAAACAAUUUGCAACUGACAAGAGUGUUCAUGGUAAAGCGCCCUUACCAUCAAAAAAGAAUAGGCAACACGGAACUCGGAGCUAUAACUCGAAUUCCAAGUAUCAUUCAUUCAAUAACAGAGCGGGUGAAGCGAACAUUGGUAUUAGGGAUAAAAAGGCAAUUAGCACAGAUUCUCGUUUAGUUGGAAAUGAAACACAUUUCAAGGAUGUUGAGGGUCUUGGUCCGGAUGGCUGGAAAAAUGUUAAUAGGAAAUUUAAGAAGAACGUUACACAACAGUUAAGAGACUGGGCAACGGAAGUUUUGAAUGUGCGUACAAUUGACGGCAAGCACAGAAAAAAGGCAAGUGCUGGUUCUACCUUUCUUCCUGAUAAGGAAGAUGUUAUGCAAUACUUACAAGAUGAUGAUAUUCCCGACAUCAAUAAGUGGAACAUGUUGAAGCGUAUUUGCUACCUACAAUAUCUGUCAUAUAAGAAGGAGGCUAAGCAAGUCGAAAUGAAAAAAGCCAAGGAUUCUACAGAGGCUAUUAAUCGUACUUUAGAUUUCUUGGGCGAAGAGGAAAUGGACGAUGAAGCCAUUGAUGCGAUGCUUGCCCAGAUGGUGCCCUCUAUUAAUGUCGGAAAUCGUAAUACACUGCCUUUAUCUAACUUAAACUUUAUGGAUCCAUACGCCUUCGAAGACCCUAUUAAUGAUUCAUUCAUAGAAGAUAUGUGGUUCUCUGUUGCUCUGCGUAAUACUUUAAUCUACAGGAUGGUUUUCCAUUGCCAGCCCGACAACUCAGUACAAACAUGGAGAGAUUAUAAGGACUUCGUUAAAUUAACGCAAAGUUUUGAUGACUUACAAAAGAAAAUGAUAGAAAUGGAAUAUGGAGAGAGAGUUACUAUAGUUGACGACAAUAGUGAUAACGAACAAAACCAUGUUUCUCUUGAAAAGGGUACAAAAGUAAAAGCUGUCCCUCCAGAUGUGUCGGACACGGUAUCGACAGAAGAGGAACGUUUUGUUCAAAGGCAAGCUUCUAAAACAGCUGCUACCAAGACUUCGAAUCCAGCUAAAAUGAAGUUAUCAAGUGGACUUAUUUUUGGCAUUAACCAGAAGAUUUUUGACCGGCACACUGCAAGAAGAUUGUUGGAUAGAAUACAUGGCCAUCUUGUUAUAUUCCCAACAAAUUGGCUCGCAAAAGAAGUAGAGUCUAAGAAUUGGUUCUAUAAUGCGGAUAGGUUACCUCCUAUUGAUAUAUACGAUUAA